UUUCAGGGCUGGUUGGUGGGUGCCACGGUGUUGAGCGACUGCCCUGUGCAAGGAGGAAGAACAGGUCGGCACGACCCACCACACGACUGCUGCAAGAUGCUGCUCCUGCUGCUGAGCGUGGUGCUAAUUCCAGAUCCUGGCUCUGGGGCGCUGGGACUCAACAGCACGACAGGCUGUGAGAUCAUCCACCCGCCGCGGGACGGGGGGAUCCGGUACCGGGGCCUCACCCCGGACCAGGUGCAGACAGUGCGCUUCCUGCCCUUCGACUAUGAGAUCGAGUAUGUGUGCCGGCCCGACCGCGAGAUCGUGGGGCCCAAGGUGCGCAAGUGUCUGCCCAACGGGACCUGGACUGAGAUGGGCCAUGCCAGCCGCUGCUUGCGGACUUGUCCCAAGAUACACCUGAGCUUGGAGAACGGGCAGGCGGUGCCGCGCAGCAUGGAGCGGGUUCCUGUGGAGGGCACCUGGGUGGAAUAUCACUGCAAUCCUGGCUUCCGCCUCGUGGGUAGCGCCCGCAGCAACUGCACCAAGGUGGGGCGCUGGAGCUUCCCCAAACCUAUCUGCGAAUUGCGACGACCGAUCUCAUGUGCCUUGCAGUGCGACCCAGGCCAAGCCACCAAAUACCUGUAUGAACUGCUCUACAAUGACCCCAUCAAGAUCAUCCUUAUGCCUGGCUGCAGCAGUGUCUCCACCUUGGUGGCCGAGGCCGCCCGCAUGUGGCACCUCAUUGUGCUGUCAUACGGCUCCAGCUCCCCAGCACUCUCCAAUCGCCAGCGAUUCCCCACCUUCUUCCGCACCCACCCCUCAGCCACUCUGCACAACCCCACGCGCGUCCAGCUUUUCAAGAAGUGGGGCUGGACCAAGAUCGCCACCAUCCAGCAGACCACGGAGGUCUUCACCUCGACCCUGGAUGACCUGGACCAGCGGGUGAAGGAGGCUGGCAUCGAGAUCACCUUCCGCCAGAGCUUCUUCUCUGACCCCGCUGCGCCUGUCCGCAGCCUCAAGCGCCAGGAUGCCCGCAUCAUCGUGGGGCUCUUCUACGAGACCGAAGCGCGCAAGGUCUUCUGUGAGGUGUACAAGGAGAAGCUGUAUGGGAAACGGUACGUCUGGUUCUUGAUCGGCUGGUAUGCCGACAACUGGUUUCGCAUCAAGGACCCUGCCAUCAACUGCACGGAGGCAGAGAUGGCGGAGGCCGUGGAGGGGCAUGUCACUACCGAGAUCGUCAUGCUGAACCCCGAGAACACCCGCAGCAUCUCCAACAUGACCUCCCAGGAGUUCAUUGAGAAGCUGCAGAAGCGUCUGGGCAAGAACCCGGAGGAGACGGGAGGUUUCCAGGAGGCGCCGCUGGCCUAUGACGCCAUCUGGGCCCUGGCCCUGGCGCUCAACAAGACCUCGGCCGAGCUGGUGAAGAAGGGGCUGCGGCUGGAGGACUUUAACUACAACAACAAGAACAUCACAGAUGAGAUCUACCGCGCCCUCAACUCCUCUGCCUUUGAGGGCGUGUCGGGUCACGUGGUAUUCGAUGCCAGUGGCUCCCGCAUGGCCUGGACCCUCAUCGAACAGCUUCAAGGUGGGGUCUACAAGAAGAUCGGCUACUAUGACAGCACUAAGGACAACCUCUCCUGGUACAACAAUGACAAGUGGAUUGAUGAAGUGGUAGCGGGGACAUCCUCAUCGGGCCUGCCUCCAAUUGACCUCAGGGCACACCAGGACCUCCUGAGGCGCGUCGCCCUGAAUAUAAACCUGCCAGUGGAGGAGGUUCCGGAGGUUGAGGAUCCCGUGGUAGAAUUAUUGUCGGUGGAUGCACCAACUCGAGUGGCCUUACCGUUCAUUCGAUCAAUUCAAGCUGAGGCAGAUACCAUCUGGCAAUCCCCAGCAUCUAUUCCGCCCACGGCCAGAGGAGUGGAACAGAAGUACAGAAGCUCUUCAUCUCAGUGUCGGUGCUCGCGAGCCCUGGCAUUCCUGCUGGCCAUCGUCUGCGCUGGCCUUUUAACAUCUACAACGGGCAUGUCCGUCAUUGCCGACCCCCCACCCCCCUGCCCACGGCUACCCCCCCAGCCUGGGCAAUUCUGCUGGCCAUCGUCUGCCCUGGCCUUUAACAUCUACAACGGUCAACCAGUCCGCCUGGGCAUCCUGCUGGCCAUCGUCUGCCUGGCCUUUAAUAUCUACAACAGGCACAUCCGGUCAGUGCCCCCUCCGCCCCCCAUGCCCCACGGCUGUCCCCCAUCCCCGAACCUGGGCAUCCUGCUGGCCAUCAUCUGCCUGGCCUUCAACAUCUACAAUGGACACAUCCGCCUGGGCAUUCUGCUGGCCAUCGUCUGCCUGGCCUUUAACAUCUACAACGGGCACGUCCAGUCAGCGUCACCUCUGCCCCCCUGCCCCACGGCUACCCCCAGCCUGGGCAUCUUGCUGGCCAUCGUUUGCCUGGCGUUUAACAUCUGCAACGGGCACGUCCGGUACAUCCAGAACUCCCAGCCCUAUCUCAACAACAUGACGGCCGUGGGCUGCACGCUGGCGCUGGCCGCUGUCUUCCCCCUGGGGCUGGAUGGCUACCACAUCGGGUCUGGGCUCUUCCCUUUCGUCUGCCAGGGUGUUGGGGCAGGUCUCUCCGUUUCCCCCUUCCCACACAGUGACCUUGCCCGCCCGCUGGCUCCGGCUGUGCCGCAGGUGCUGUGUCUGAUCACCGCCCCCGUCACCAUGAUCCUGAACAGCCAGCAGGAUGCAGCCUUUGCCUUCACCUCACUGGCCAUCGUCUUCUCCUCCUACAUCACCCUGGUGGUGCUCUUCGUGCCCAAGAUGCGGCGUCUGAUCACCAGGGGCGAGUGGCAGUCGGAGCAGCAGGAUACCAUGAAAACGGGCUCAUCCACCAACAACAAUGAGGAGGAGAAAUCCCGGCUGCUGGAGAAGGAGAACAGGGAGCUGGAGAAGAUCAUUGCAGAGAAGGAGGAGCGCGUCUCCGAGCUCCGCCAGCAGCUCCAGGACCGGCAGCAGCUGCGCUCCCGGCGCCGCCCCUCCAACCCCUCCUCGCGGGAUGGCUGUGCCGCUGACAACCACUUCACCAACGCGGCCGGGCCCGUGCCCACCCUCUACCAGCCCAGCCUGCCGCUGGUGCGCUGCCUUGUCUCUGAGCAGGCUGACAAGCUGGGCCGCAGCAACUGCGACGGCAGCCGCGUCCACCUGCUCUACAAAUGACUUUUGAGGUGGCGGGGCCUGAGAAGGGGGCGGGACCCAGGAAGGGGUGGAGCUAAAUAAGGUCUCUUCUCCCCUCCCUCUCCCCUCCCAUCACAUCUCUUAGCUUGUAAAAUCUCUCUGUAUCGGUCCAUCUUCCCUUCCCCCAUCCAAGAUCCGGGUGCCAAGUGAUGUCCAGGUGCAGAGUAAAAUGUGCACCUCGCCUGAUGUAUCCCGAAUGGCUCUAGCUGGGGCAGUGUCAGGCAGGAGGGGGCAGCUGCUUAUAACCAAGGCGAUAUGGGGAGGGCAGGGUGAAUCGACAAGGGAAAGUUACCCCUUGAGCACGCCAGCAAGGCGUGCAGUGUCACUGUAGCACAGAGUCAGACCUGGUGGCCCCCAACUUAGUCAUGCACAGCCGGAUCUAGUUACUGGGACAUACAGUCAAGCUGUAGUGCACAACCAGAUUUAGUUAUUCAUAUGUACAGUAUUAUUAUAGCCUAGAACCAGGUUUGGUUAUAUGUAAGUACAAUCAGACUGUAACUCACAGCCAGAUCUGGUGACUUGUAUGUACGAUCAAACUGUUGUGCACAGGUGAGUCUGAUUACUGUAAUGUACUGUCAGACUGUAGUGUAAAACCAGGUCUGAUUUACUUGUAAGUUCAGUCAAACUGUAGUGCACAUCUGGGUCUGGUACAGUUGGACUGGAGUGCCAAACCAGACCUGGUUACUUGUAUGUUUAAACUAGUGAACAGCUGGCUCUGGUUCCAUGUGAAUGCAGUUUGACUAGCAUACAACCAGAUCUGGUUACUUGUAUGUACAAUCAGACUGUAGCACACAACUGGGUCUGGUUACUUGUUUGUACUAUCAAAAUGUAGUGCACAGUCGGGUCUGGUUACUGUAAUGUACUGUCAGACUGUAGUGUACAACCAGAUCUGGUUUCUCAGUUGCACUUUAGUGAACAACUGGAUCUGGUUAAUAUUGUG